AUUUAGGUAACUAGAAACAUACACUAGAAGAAAUCUGGUCUUUAAUGUCGGGUGGAAAAAAUGAAAAAUAAGCUUUAAUGUCGGUUUUCAAAAAGCGGAUGUUUAAUGUCGGUUUUAAACCGACAUUAAAGCUUUAUCUUUAAUGUCGGUUUAAAACCGACAUUAAACAUCAUGUUUUUUAGAACCGACAUUAAAGGUUUUUUUUAUUUUUUUAAUUUUGUAAAAAGUUGAAUUUUUCUCUCUCUUACUUUACUCUUUUCUCCUUUCUUCUCUACCAAACCCUAAACUUUACUCUUUUCUCCUUUCUUCUCUACCAAACCCUACGAAAGAAGGUUUUCUCUCAACAUUUCUUCCCUUUCUUCCUUUCUCAAUCUCAUCACUUUCUAAUCUCCCCUUGGCUUCCAGUCAAAACCUUCAUAUUCCCCACCUUCACCAUCGCCGCCGUGAAAUCCGCCUUCCAGAGGCUCCGACUACUCCGAUACUGUCUCACCGUCGCUGCCGUCAAUGGCUCCGACUACUCCGAUACUGUCUCAUCGUCAAUGGGUCAUCUUCCAUCUCCAUCACCGUCGCUGCCGAUACUGUCUCGCCGAUACUGUCUCACCGUCUCAUAAAACUGGACAUCAAGCACUAGUGUACGAGAGUUUAAAAGCUACAGAGUUUGAUGACGGGGGGAUUCUCUGCCAACAGAAAAACUCUCCAACGAAGAAGAUAAGACUUUAUUCCAAAACUCGUAGCUUCUUCAUUCACUCUCUCUCACACGCUCCAAUACAUCUUCUGCGUGCCUUACACGCUCCUUCCAAUACAAUUUUCAGUACAAUCACCAACCAAAUUGAUUCCAAAAACCAAAAAAUGUCGGCUUAAUUUUCUGGUUUCAGCUCAGCCCCCCCUUCCCCGGCCCCCUUCUUCUCUUCUUUCUUCUCUCUCAGCUUUCAAUCAGAAAGCUGUGUGAAACAUGUACAAUGGGGGCUAUACUGCUGAAGUUACAAGUUUGUCACCUAAAGCCACAGAGAAUGAUGUUUAUGACUUUUUCUCUCAUUGUGGCACGGUCGAGCAUGUAGAAAUCCUCAGUUUUAUCAACUUCAACGAGAUCUUACAUAGGAACUUACUGGAGCUUCAAUAAUCAAUUAAUAAACUUGGAAAAUAUGAAUUUCAUAUUUGUUAUUGCUGUUGCUGUUGUGUCACACCGUGAUUUUUGCUAAGAUGGAUGGAAGUAGAAGUUUAAAGUUCACCUUCUGUUCAAGAUUCUCAACCUUGAUGCAAGCAUUGCAAAAUAUGUAUGAUUACGUUCUUGACGCGGAAGGUCAAAUGGGAACAGAUGAAGCUGGUGAUGGAGCUGGCCCUGACACUGUGGAGAGUGGCCAAAGUGUACCUGUUGCUGCUGGUGCCGGAGAUACCAACAUUUGUGGUGGUAUUGUUCAGUUGUAUUGGGAAAGGAUUCUGGGACGAAGCUUAGAUUUAAAUGGCCAAGUUCGUCAAGUUGCCCUCAAGGCCAUAGUAAGCUUGUGGGUUGGUGCUGUGAUUAGUAGCUGGUGCAAUUUCAUAACUGUCUUGUAUGUUGGUCAUUUUCUACUAGAGGACGAUGAUAAGUUUCUAGAUAAGGUUUGAGCUACAGUUCAGGAAGAGGAAUGUCAAGCCCUUGCUGCAUUUGGUGCCUGUUUCCAAUAUUAAUAAUUGUUUGAAGAAGCAUUUUCGAGACCUUUAAAAUGUCGUGAUUUUUGAAUUUAUAUAUAAUUUUGUUUGGUUGCAGUUAAUUUUACAAGCGUGUUUUCAUUGUUGGUGGAAUCAGACUUGAAUAAUAUGGGAUUUAUGUGCUUUAAGAUAUGAAUGGGAUUUAUUGUUGCUUUAAGAUAUGAAUGGGAUUUAUGUGCAAGUGCUAAUAGCAUUUUCAUUGUUGGUGGAA